AUGCCCAGUCUUUCAGUGUUCAUGGAUGUGCCCAUGGCUCACAAGGCAGAAGGCAGCUUGUUAAAGAGCUAUAAACAAGACAACCACCCUAACAAGAUGUUCCUGGCCUAUAGAGUCUGCAUGACUGAAGAAGGACAUCCCUGGGUUUCUCCAGUGGUAACAAAGCUCCGACGACAGAUUGCACAGGAUUCGUCCCUGAACUAUGAGUAUACUGACGUGAUGGGCAUGAAGUCAUUCAUCCAAGCUGCCUUGGAAUUGCUCUUUGGAAAGCACAGCCAAGCCAUUGUGGAGAACAGGGUAGGGGGCGUGCACUCUGUCGGUGACAAUGGUGCCUUUCAGCUUGGGGCUCGUUUCCUCAAAACUUGGCAUCAGGAUUCUCAAAUAGUUUAUAUCACCUCUUUCCAAAAAGAACUGCAUGGACUCAUCUUCCAGGACAUGGGCUUUACAGUUUAUGAAUAUAGCUUCUGGGACCCCACACAGAUGUGCAUGGACCCUGAUACAGUCAUCAAUGUGGUGAAGCAGGCCCCGUGUGGCAGUAUCCUUGUAAUCGGGAACAUUACAGACUGCAAGCUGACCCAGUGUCAGUGGACAAACUUGAUGUCCAUCAUGAAGAGCAAACAGAUUUUCCCAUUUUUUGACAUUACCAGCCAAGGAUUGUCCUCCGGUGACCUGUGUGAGGAUAGUAGAAUCUUACGAUACUUUGUGGCUCAAGGCUUUGAGUUUUUCUGCAGCCAGUCCUUAUCCAAGAAUUUUGGCAUUUAUGAUGAAGGAGUGGGACUCCUAGUCGUGGUGACACACAGCAACCAGCAUCUGCUGUGCGUCCUCUCCCAGAUGAUUAACUUCGCCCAUGAUCUGUGGCUUAGCCCUCCUACUAUGGGUGCCCGCAUUAUCACCUCGAUUCUCAGUAACCCUUCUCUACAAGGAGAAUGGAAGCACAGUGUAAAAAGGGUUGUAGAGAACAUCAUGCUGAUCAAGGAAAAGGUAAAGGAGAAGCUCCGACUCCUGGGAACCCCUGGCUCCUGGGAUCAUAUCACCGACCAGAAGGGGACCCAUAGCUAUCUGGGACUCAACUCCCAGCAGCUGGAAUACCUGGUCAAGAAGAAGCAUAUCUACAUUCCCAGGAAUGGUUGGAUUAACUUCACCUCUGUCAAUGCCAACAACAUAGAUUAUAUCACCCAGAGCAUCAAUGAGGCUGUCCUCUUCACAAUGGACUCAAAGAAAUACCUUCAGAUCCUCACCCUGGCCCCAGCUGCGCCAGCCCCGCCCAGGGCGCCCCGGAUGCAUCGGGAGCUGAGCGCGGUGAAGGCGGGGCUGGGGUGCGAGCAGGUGGGGCGAGCUGGGGGUGCGGGGGUGUGA